AUGGAGCGUGGAAUCUCUAUAUUCUUCCUGAUCGUCCUUGGAGCAGCGACAUGCAACGGUGACAUUGAUCCUGCGUCCUACCGUCUUCCCGAAGAGGUCGUCCCAGUUUCCUACGACCUUUGGAUACUAACCCGCCUAGCCGCCGACAAUUUCACCUAUCAAGGUCACGUGGACAUAACAUUGAACGUCCUUCAAACAACAGACACUGUCAUCCUCCACAACGAUGGUCUCCUCAUUCGAAACAACUCUCUCCACCGAGGAACAAAUAAAUCAAUCGAUUCACUCGUUCCAAUCACCACCACAACUUAUAACAAACAACGACAAUUCUAUAUUCUGGAAUCCUCGAAACUGGAAGUCGGUGUUUAUAUAUUGACACUGGACUUCGAAGGUCAAGUCCGGGACGACUUGUUCGGAUUUUACAGAAGCAGCUAUGGGCCUCAUGAUAUUAACUACAUGGGAGUCACUCAGUUUUCACCGGUACAUGCACGGAAAGCGUUUCCUUGUAUGGACGAGCCACAUUUGAAAGCGACCUUCAUCCUCCAUGUUGGUCAUACUGGGGAUCAGACGGCGACUAGUAAUACUGUGGCUGAAAGUACUGUACAUAUGUACGAUGACCUCUACGUGACGACAUUCUCCCCAACACCAAAGAUGUCCACAUACCUAGUAGGCUGGGCCAUUCACGACUUCGUGCAAGAAACCUCAGCCUUCUCCGAUAAUCUGAGCAUCUGGACCCGGAAGGCCAUGCGGCGUCACGGAACCACCAGCCUCUAUCAAGGUUCAUCCCUGUACAUGUUUCUGACGAAGUACCUCAAGGUUCCGAACCCGGUCCCCAAAAUGGAGCAGAUAGCUUUAAAUGAUUUCAACUUCAACGCCAUGGAGAACUGGGGUAUGAUCACGUACAGGGAGUCCGUGCUGCUGUACGAAGGUGGCGUGACUCCGACAAAGAAAAUGGUGGACGGAUUCACUACGAUGGCUCACGAAUAUGCUCACACGUGGUUUGGGAAUUUGGUCACGCCGAGAUUCUGGGAUGUGGCGUGGUUGAAGGAGGGAUUUGCCUCGUAUUUCCAGUAUUUCGCUUUGUCGAGGGUGCAGCCGACUUGGGGGAUGAUGGAUAAAUUUGUUGUGGAUAUGCUGCAGCCUACUUUGUUACUGGAUGCUGAGAACCAUACUAGGAGUAUGGAUGGGAAGGAUGUGGGCAGUCCUAGCAGCAUCAUGGGGGUGCUGGAUUUUGUUUCUUAUAAGAAGGGGGCGUCUGUGAUUCGAAUGCUCUCCCACGUGAUGGGGGAACCAGCCUUCCAAGAUGGUCUGCAAAAUUACUUGAAAAAUAUGUCAUACAAAGCAGCAUCACCAUCAGAUCUCUAUCACCACCUCCAAGCUUCUCUGGACAAGUCCGGUCAACAAAAUGGCGUCCACGUCGAGCGCAUAAUGGACUCCUGGACCAACAAGCCGGGCUUUCCUUUGGUAACCGUUACUCGGGACUACAAGAAAGCAUGGAUAACAGUAGAACAACAACCAUUUCAACGAUAUUUCUUGAGAUCAAACCAGACGGACGAGUGGUGGAUACCAUUGAACUACGUCUCGAAAACGUUUAUUGACUUUUCAAAGACGACAGCUCAACAUUGGUUGAGUCCUAAGAAUACGUUUACGAUGAUGACUUAUAUUCCUGCGAGUGAUUGGGUUAUUUUCAAUGUCCAACAAAUGGGGUACUAUCGAGUGAAUUAUGAUGAACGUAACUGGAGAAUGAUUAUUGAUUAUUUGAAAUCUAAGGAUUAUGCGAAGAUUCACAGAGUCAAUAGAGCUGCGUUGGUAGACGACGCCUUUAAUUUGGCGAGAGAAGGUUAUCUUAAUUAUUCGAUCGCUUUUGAUCUUGCGGGGUACUUGCAGCAGGAGAUUGAUUAUGAACCUUGGGUGGCGGCGGUGAAUAGCUUUAAGUUUUUGAAUAGGAUGUUAUAUGGUUCGCCGGAUGUGCAAGGGGCUUUCCAGGGAUACGUCGGUCGUUUAUUGCUGCCGAUGUAUGAGAAAUUGGGUUUCAACGAAUCCCUAAACGAGGACAUAACUGACAAAUUAUCUCGGGAGCUGAUAUUAUCUGCUUCCUGUUUACUACGCAAUUCUGAUUGCCUGAAGACUGCCACAAGUCUGUUCCGGAAGUGGUUUCCUUCAUCUUUAACGCAUAUACCGAAAGAUACGAAGAGUUUCGUUUACUGCGAAGGUGUACGAGCUGGCAACCAUGAAGUUUGGUACCAGAUGCUGAACUUGUGGAAAGCAACCGACUUGCAUACGGAGCAGGAAUUACUAUUGCAAGCUCUUGGCUGUACUACAAACGCUACCUUAAUAAACCAGUAUCUCGAAAUGUCGAUUACAGACCAAAAUGGCGUCCGCAAGCAUUACAGAAUCAGCAUAGUGAACGCUGUUCUAAAUGGCCACGUAGACAACGUUGAGAAGGUUUUAGAAUUCGUUGGAAAAAAUUUAACAACGAUUAUCAAUCUAAGAGGUCACGAUUUCUUGGACAAAAUAAUCUCUGCGAUCAGCAAUGCGAUAACAACAGCGGAACAAGUGGUGAUGUUGCGUUCGUUCGUCAAGGAAAGGUAUGAUGUACUUGGACCGUCAUUAAAUGGCGCUGAAAAGGCACUUAAGAAAGCUUCGGAAACAGUGCAGUGGAUUGAACAUUUCUCGCCUGGAAUCGCGAAGUAUUUUCAAUUUAAUUGA